ACACACACACACACACACACACACACACACAUACACACCGCCACAAAUCCUGGCAUGAGUGAGCAGUAUUGCACCUCAUGCACAGGGAGGGGAUGCAUGCAAAAAAGUAGCAAAACCCCAGCAGACAGACGCAGACCAGGAGAGCUGAGUUACCCUCCUCCUCCUCCUCCUGCUGAGAUUCCGUCUGGGAUCCGUCCCCACUGAAGGGCACCCUCAUUGACUCGCUUUAUGUGGAUGCCUCAAUGAAGCGAGACCACCGCCUGCUGUAGUGUGACCACCACGGAGAGAGAUUCAUUUGCAGAUCAGAGAGAGGGAACCGGCGAGGAUGUCUGAUUGAGACCAGUUGCUGCCUACUACAGGAGAGCUGUCAUUUGUGGAUCCUUUAUACCCACAGUUCUCUCUUUUUUUCGUUGCGUUCCUCCGUGACUCAAGCACCUCUCAGAUGGAGGACUGAUCAGCUGAAUGUCAGCUGCUUGUGGAGCAUGGGUACAACUGCCAGCGCCGCGCCACAGCCUGUUUCCGUAGCGUCACCGCUUGAGAGUGUCCACGGUAACGGGAUGGCCGACAGCAGACAGUCUCUGAGCAUGAGCCCCUUUCAGACGGUCAACAUCCACAACAACAAGGCCAAGUCCAUUAUCACCAACAAAGUCGCACCUGUCGUCAUCACGUAUAACUGCAGGCAGGAGUUCCAGAUCCACGAUGAAAUCCUCAAGACCAACUAUAAAGUGGGACGGAUAUCAGACAGCAUGCCCGAGCACUACCUGGUGCAGGGGGAGUACUUCAUGGUCCAGGAUGUGUACAGCAAGGCAGAUGUCCUAAAUACCACAGGCAGCUAUGGAGCGCCCAACUUCCGCCAAGUUAAAGGGUCAUACCCGCUGUAUGGGAUGGGUCAGCCAAGCCUGAACGGCUUCAAACAAGUUCUCCAGAGACUCCAAGCGCAAGGACACGAGGAGGUCAUAUUUUUUUGUGUGAGAGAGGAGCCAGUGGUCUUCCUGCACAAGGAUGAUGACUUUCUGCCGUAUACCCCAAGGAGGAAGGAAAACCUACAUGAGAACCUUCAUGACCUGGAAAAGGAGGAUCUGGUGGAGGGCCUGGAGCUCACUAUCAGGAAGGAGCUCCACGAUUUCGCCAUGCUCAACGAAAACGUCUUCUACGUCUACAACGACAUCGAGUUCUUCAAAGACGAACCGCAGAAGAUCUCCAUCACAUGCGAGGAGGACAUCCACGUGACAGAGGAGGUCUACAAGAGGCCCAUGUUCACCAUGCCGGCCUACAGGUACUACAGAUUACCACUGCCAACAGAGGGAGCACCGCUGGAAGAAGACUUUGACGCCUUUGUUAACAUACUCAGGGAGAGCACCAGCUUGUCACGAGGCCACGAUGCCUCCAGGCGGCUGCCCGCUCUGCUCUUCAGCUGCCAGGUGGGAGUCGGCCGCACAAACCUUGCCAUGAUCCUGGGCACCUUGGUCAUGAAUCGCCUGAGGGGGGAUUCACAUACAGAGCCUCAGAGUGAGGAGACAGCAGCUUCAGAGCCGAAACCACUGUUCCAGGUCAUCCAGACGCUGAUCAGCAAGCUACCUAAUGGGCAGCAGGUCAUGGAGGAGGUUGACCAGGCAAUCGCCCUGUGUUCAGAAAUGCACAACAUAAAAGAAGCAAUACACGAGAACAAGAGUAAGCUGGAGGGGAUCGGAGAGGAUUAUAAAAUUCAGGGAAGCAGUACCAAAGACUACUUUCUCAACAGAACCAUGCAGAGCCUGGAGCGCUACUUCUACUUGAUCGUAUUUAAUGCAUACCUACAUGAACAGUAUCCUCUCGCCUUCGUGUCCAACUUCAGCCAGUGGAUGUGCUGCCAUGCGUGGCUCUACAGGUUACUGGCCUGCAUGGACGUAUCAGAGCUGUCAGCCCCGGCAGAGCUGGUCACCAAAGGAGCUCGGGUCCUUGUUGCAGACGAGUGUUUUGCUCCGGACCUGCUCAGCACGGUGAAGGAGAUGAAGGCAGUCAACUUCAGACGAGUGCCCAAGAUGCCUGUUUAUGGAGUGGCUCAGCCAACGUCAGAGGCUACCGGAGCAGUUUUGGCUCAUCUUACGGACGAGAAAAGGAAGCAUAGCCACGUGUUGUGGGUCAACCUGCAGGAGGAGCUUGUGCUGGAAGGGAAUGGGCAGAUUUUCUCACCAAGGGAGCCGUCGUGUCUCAACCAGCCUGUCUCUGUCUCAUCAUCCGACCCACAGACUGUAGAGAAACUGGAGACGUCGUUGAAGGAGGAGGUCUUGCGGGCUCAGAAGUGGCUGGAGGUGACGCUGGAGCAGGAGAAACAGAUGAAGAUGUUUAAAAGCUGCUUGACGGCUCAGGAGAUCUUCAACCAGCACAAAAGCUCACACCAGGGGCUUGUCUACAAAAGAAUCCCACUGUUGGACUGCAGUGCUCCCAGAGAGGAGGAUUUUGAUAAGCUUUUGGAGGCCAUGAAGAGCGCCUUGGCUGAGAACUCUCACACGGCCUUCGUUUUUAACUGCUCUAGCGGCAAAGGCAGAACCACGACCGGCAUGGUUGUCUCUGUUCUGACUCUUUGGCACUUUAAUGGAUUUCCAGAGUUUGGUGAUGAUGAGAUUGUGAGUGUUCCUGAUGCCAAGUACACAAAAGGAGAAUUUGAGGUUGUGAUGCAGCUGGUGCGCCUGCUCCCAGACGGCCACAGGAUGAAGAGGGAGGUGGACAUGGCCCUGGAUUCUGUCAGCGAGACCAUGACCCCUAUGCAUUACCACCUGAGGGAGAUCAUCAUCUGCACAUACAGACAGAUCAAAAGUAGUAAGACCGAGAAAGAUAGUCAGCAGCUGCUGCUGAGGAGCCUGCAGUACCUGGAGCGCUACAUUUACCUCAUCCUCUUCAACACGUACCUACAUCUGGAGAAGAAAGACUCGUGGCAGCGCUCCUUCACUCUCUGGAUGGAACAGGUGGCUGCCAGAGCCGGAGUUUAUGACAUCCUCAACCAGCUGGGCUUCUCUGAGUUUGAAAACCCGAGGGACACUCAGCUGGCCAGGCUGCGCUACCGCUGGCAACACAGGAACAUGCAGUCGCUUCCUUUCCGUGGAGAGUUCAUCUGAGAGGGUCACUGUGAACGCACCAGGACAGUACUGUGCUUUUUAGACUUAAAGACAUUUACAUUAACAAUGGUAUGCCUUCUAUACUUACCCCUGUAUUAUGCAUAUCUUCACUUCAGCUAUUGUGUUACUUCUUUUAUUUCUGUCUUUACUAGUUUGUGUUUUUCUGUUGAUUUUUUGCAGAAUGUUGCUCCUAUAUUAGAAGUUGAUAUUUGUGCCUUUGCCUUCUUAUCAACGAUAGAAAACAGAAUUUUAAUGUACUAAUAUUUAUGUUUAUUUUUUAAAUCAAGCUUUGUACUCUUCAAGACGAGACACUCCUAAAGCCUCUGUAGGACCAGGAUGAGAGUUAAAUAUUGUUAUGGAGGAGAGAAAUUCCACUGUGUUGUCAGCCAACAAUUUUGUCUGUAUGUCACAACUGUUUGCUGUUGUGUGAGCUGAUAUUUUUCCCCAAGCCCUGUCCAUUUCUCCUCAGCACAGCUGUCAUCAGUGGCUGUGCAUGUUUGUCUUGAAGUUUCCAGGUUUAACGAGGGUUCCCUGUGUACAUAUGAAGGCUGUUGUUAUUUAAAUGUUACUGUCACCUUUGUUUUUUGAAGGCUGACCAGGGUGGGUGUAUGAGGAAUGUUGCGCAAUAUGCUAGUGCUCAGCUUUUUUUUUUUUGCUACAGCAGUACUCCAGUGAACACUCCAUCUGUUGUACCUGUUUCUUUUAACAUUUAUUAACAUGUCAACUUACAGGUACUAACAAUGCAGCAUGUUUUUGUUUUAGCUUUUAUAUUUUUUACUUAAAUGCUGUAAAUGUGUUCUUGUGUUUUUAUUUUUUGUAAACAAAAAUUCCAAACUUUUA